AUGCUGCUGCUGCUCCCGCCCCCGCCGCCGCUGGCGGCGCUGCUGCCGAUGCUGCCGCCUCCCCCGCCCUGGCCGGGAGGGCUGCUGCUGCUGCUGCCCGGCGGGCCACGGAGCUGCUGCUGCUGCUGCUGCUGCAGCCGCUGCUGCGCGGGCCUAGCUGCCGCCGCCCGCUGUUCGUGGACUGUCCCGCCGGAACCCCCGCCCUGGCCGGCUCCUCAGCCUCCGCAGCAGCAGCGCGGGCGGCGGCGCCAGGGACGGAGGCGGCGGCGGAGAGGAGGAGCCGGAGCCGCAGCUGCGGGAGGAGGAGGUGGAGCGAGCCGCGCCUCCUGUCCCGCCUGGUCGCUGCCUCCACCUCCGCCCCUGCCCGUUCCCCUCUACCUUUGCCCGGUCCCCGCCGUCCUUAGCGCCCCGGCCUUCCUGCCCCCGGGGAUCGUGGUGUCUCGGGCCUCGGGGCCCGGUGCAUGGCCGGGGGGGCCCGGUGCAUGGCCGGGGAAGCCCGGCGGGCUACUGCGGGGCUGGGCGGUCCCAGCCUCUGCCUUCUCCUCCUCCUCCACCACCACCUGGGAGGAGUCCUUCAGGCCGGUCCAGGAGAUGAAUCCCCCGGGAAACGUAGGAAUAAAUUCUAAGAAGUUGAAAAUGAUGUCAAGAAGAAAAAGUAUACAGGGAGGGAAUCCUGAUGAUAUGAUGGCAAAAAUGUCAUUUGCUACUAUAGAUAAAAAAGAUGAAUUUCAACUACCUGUUGUACCUGAAAUAAAUUCGAAGAGGAGACAGGAAAAUAUGGGGCCAGGGAAAGAAGACCCAAUGAAGAAAAAGAAUAAAAAGAAAAAAGAUUAUCGACCUAAUUAUUUCCUCUCUAUUCCCAUCACCAACAAAGAGAUUAUAAGAGGAAUUCAGACUCUGCAAAACACAAUAAUAAAACAAGAUAAACGGCUAUCCAAAGUAAUGACCAAUUGUGGUUCCUUCCAUGUUACCCUCCUAGUGAUGCAUUUACUCAGUGAAGAGGAAGUUAACCUAGGUAUAGGUGCUCUUUUGGAGACAAAAGCACUAAUAGAAGAAAUACUACAAGGAAGAGAUUUAAAUUUACCCUUUCAGGGAAUUGGUAAUUUUGGAAAUCAGGUUGGAUUUGUGAAGUUGGCAGAAGGCGAUCAUGUAGCUACACUUCUCGAGAUAGCAGAGGCAGCUAAGAGAACAUUUCAAGAAAAGGGUAUCUUGGCAGGAGAAAACAGAAGUUUCAAACCUCAUUUGACCUUCAUGAAACUGUCAAAAUCACCAGAGCUCAGAAGAAAGGGAGUGAAAAAAAUAGACCCUGAACUCUAUGAAAAAUUUGUAGACCACAAAUUUGGAGAAGAAUCUUUGUUCCGAAUAGACCUUUGUUCCAUGCUGAAAGAAAAGCAAAGCAAUGGCUACUACCAUUGUGAAUCUUCCAUUGUGAUUGGUGAGUUGAGAAGCCCGAACUCAGCCGUACUACAGGGAUACAGGAGCAAUAUAGCCCCAUGGCAAAGUGGUGAAAAGAAUGGAAGAGAACCAGAUGAUGCCGAACUGGUGAGGCUGAGCAAAAGGCUGGUGGAGAAUGCCGUCCUCAAGGCUGUGCAGCAAUAUUUAGAAGAAACACAAAACAAAAUUAGGCAGGUGGAUGGAAGCCCUGUGAAAACUGAAGAGCCCACGCAGUCAGACAGAAACGACAGUGAUGAUAAUAGGAAAUGAGAAUUGACCGUCGCUUCCAAAAACGCCUAUGAGACACCUCCCAGCUUUGAUUUAUGAGAUUGCAUCGACUGACUUGCCUUGUACUGGCUGUCAAAGUGUGUCUCAUUGAGAUGUGGCCCCUGUCCUAAUACACUUUCCUAGAAGAGGUGUCUGCAAUUCUUAUAAACAAAUAGAGUGCUGGGAAUAAGGGGACAUGAAGCUAUGAAAAAAGAGAGACUUGAGUUCUGCCUACCCAUAUUUGCUAGAACGCCUUUGUGUUACGAAAGAGGUGGACAAGACUUUUGUCCAUGCCAUGUAUGCUACAUUUAUUGCCGUGGAAGAGGCCUUGCCGUAAGUGGAAAUAAUGCCAUCUGCCUUGCUAAACAGCAGGGUUUUUUGACUGCUUGUUCUGAGGCCAAAAAUCGCAAAUUCUGCCAUUACAAAGCCAACUACUGCUAAGUUAAUCAUGGCCAUUAUAGAAGUGAUCACCAUCGGUACGACCGACCUGUAUGUAAUGUUUCUGACAUAUUUCUAAUCAUCUUGCCUUCCUGCCAUUAUUGUUAUUUACAGUAAGAGAAACAUGUAAAUUCUAUUUUUUCACAUAAUGUUACCUUUUUCUAUAAGAUAUAGACUGUUUUAAAGGCUUUUAAAAAUUCAGUUUUGAUAAGUUAGUGUGCUGUAUUUGUGUUUUUCGUUGACAUUCAUUAAAUGCAAAAAUAUGUGAUUUUUCCCCCCUAUAGGCAAGAAACCUGUCAUAAUCAUGGACUUAAUUAAGGAAGCUUUGCUUGGAGAAAGGAUGGGUAUGUUGUCCAAAGUCAAACAGAUAAAGGAAC